AUGGCACUCAUUUCAUUUACAUCGUUCAUUAUUAUUUUUCUUAUUUUUCUUAUUGCCCGACUAAAACCAUGGCUUGUAAAUUAUUUUAAAUUAAUAAAAAAUUAUGGACAUGUACCGUGUCCACGUUAUAGAUUACCUAUAUUGGGUAAUUUAUUUAGUUUACCAUUAAAUCCCUAUCGAUUCUCUCGAAAACUUGAUCAAUUUUAUGAAGAAAGUAAAACUAACAUACUGUAUUGUUUAUGGCUUGGUACAUAUCCCCUCGUUGCUUUUUUUCAUCCAGUUGGACUUGAGCAUUUUUUUACUGGCUCGAAACAUAUAACAAAAUCACCGGAUUAUUUAUUUCUUCAUCCAUGGCUUAGAACAGGUUUAUUAACAAGUGCUGGAGCAAAAUGGAAGAAUCGUCGACGUAUUAUUACACCUGCAUUUCAUGAUAAAGAACUACUCAAUAAUUUUGUUGAUAUCUAUAAUGAACAAUCAGCUGUUUUAGUUCAACGUUUGGCUUCACUUAAAUCAGAAAAAGAAGUUAAUUUGUAUCCAUAUAUUGCAUCGUGUGCUCUGGAUAUUAUAUGCGAAGCUGCAAUGGGUUUGAAUAUUGGUGCACAACAUGAUAAGAAUUCGCAGUAUGUUGAUGCUGUUUUGAAAUUAACAGAUAUACUAUUGAAACGUCAACGUAUGCCAUGGUUAUGGCCUGAUUUAAUAUUUAAAAUUUUACCUCAAGGACGAGCACAUGAUCGAUAUUUAAAAAUAGUUCACCAAUUUACAAAAAGCGUUAUCGACGAUCGUGCUCAAGCUUUUCAUGCUGAUGAAAUUCGUAAUAAACGUUCUGCAUUUCUAGAUUUACUUCUUAAACAAAUGCAUGAUGAGCAAUUAACACUUGUCGACAUUCAAGAAGAAGUUGAUACUUUUAUGUUUGAGGGACAUGAUACAACUGCAGCAGCAAUUAAUUUCACUUGUUUUAUGAUUGCAUCACAUCCAGAAGUUCAACAAAAGUUACAUGACGAAAUCGAUCGAAUUUUUGGAAAUGAUCAUGAUCGUCCAUCUACAACGGAAGAUUUAAAUGAAUUAAAUUAUUUAGAAUGUGUUAUCAAAGAAACACUUCGAUUGUUUCCAUCAGUUCCAUUUAUUGCACGUGAAGUACAAGAAGAUUUUACUUAUAAUGAUUAUAAAAUAUUGCAAGGUUCAACAGCUGUUUUAUUUAUUUACUAUAUUCAUCGUGAUCCAAAACAUUUUCCCGAUCCUGAACGUUUUGAUCCCGAUCGUUUUCUACCUGAAAAUAGUCACGAUCGAGCAGCAUAUGCUUUUGUACCAUUUUCAGCUGGGUCAAGAAAUUGUAUUGGACAACGAUUUGCUUUAUUAGAAGAAAAGGCAAUGUUAUCAUCGAUAUUACGACGAUUUAAAUUAAAAACUUCUCAAAAACGCGAUGAAUUAAAUCUUUCAUUUGAAAUCAUUCUUCGCUCCGAGCAUGAUAGAAUGACUAAAGCUUCGAUUGAAAUUGAUUUUUCUGAAAAUAUUGAAAUAAAUCAUCCAAAAUGUGUACAUGGUCCAACAUUAUUAUUUCAUUCAUCAACAUCUAAGUUUUUUGCUUGUUCAGCUUGUCGAGAUCGUCAAGAAUGUGAUAUUUUCAUUCCAUAUGACGAAAGAAAUGAAAAAGGCUCAAAAAAAAUGAUUCAACAAAAUCAAAGAGAAUAUGAAAGAUUUAAAAAACAUAUUCAAACAUUACAAAAAAAGAGAAAAAUCUUUAAUAAGAAACUCAAUAUUUAUUAUUGUUAUACUUGUUCGAUAUUGUUUUCCGAAAAAAAACAAUCCAAUCAUAUCGAUCAUGAAUGUACGGAAUCUUUGAAUCGGCAACAAUUACGACAACCAUGUCAAUAUGUUCUUCAACCACUUGAAAAGAAACGUACUAAUGCACAAUUUUUCUUUUCUCAAACAUUUAUCGAUUAUCUUAUCAAUGAAAUUAUUUCAAAAAAUUCCUGGGAUAGUGUAAUUUGUAUUGGCUGUCCAACUAUUUUCGAAAAUCUUCAUCGUUCUAGUUCGACAAAAAGUAUUCAAACAUAUCUGCUUGAUUAUGAUUAUCGUCUUUGUUCAUUUUAUUCUACUAAACAAAUGCUUAUCUAUAAUAUGUUUAAUGGACAUAUAUUUUCAAAGAAAAAAUAUUUUCAAGAAAAAUUUCUUAAAACAAUUAAAAACUGUUUGAUUGUUAUUGAUCCACCGUUUGGUGGUUUUCAUCGUGCAUUAUCUUAUUCAAUUGAAAAAUUAUUUCAAUUGUCUGAUAUUAAUCGAGAUAUAAUUCUCUUUAAUCCAUAUUUUCUUGAAAAAUGGAUUAUUGACGCAUUUCCAAAUUUGAAAAUGCUUGAUUAUAAAAUUGAAUAUUCAUCAAUAUCAACAUUAAAUUUAUGUCGUGGUAGAAAAGGUUCACCUGUUCGUAUGUUUACUGAUAUAUCUCGAUCAAAAUUUCCACCAUUAGAUGAUGUUAAUUAUAAAUAUUGUUUCGAAUGUGAUCUUUAUACAUUAUUAACAAAUCAACAUUGCUUUGAAUGUCAAUCAUGUACGUCGAAAGAUGGUUUACCUUACAAACAUUGUUCAUUGUGUAAACGUUGUGUUAAAGCUGAAAGAGUACAUUGUAAUAAUUGCAAUGUAUGUCAUUUAGCCAAUCAAUGUAUGACAAAUAUAAGUAAAAGAAAAAAUGAAUCGUCAGAUGAUCAGACGAAAAAAAUAAAAGUUUAA